AUGGAUAAAUGCGGAUAUCUGCGCUUAAUACCAACUCGUAUUAUAACAGGUUUAUUAGUAACAUUACAAGGUGUAAUUAUUAACUAUUAUCUUAUAUAUUAUAAUAACUGGUAUUGGUAUGCCUGGAUCUCGGCUGAUAUUGCUCUUAUCUUUGUAUUUAUAACAACUUUUGUUGUCUCAUACAGACAUCUCCAGUUUUUACAAACAUCUUCAUCUUCAACUACACCUGCUAGUCGAGUUGGCAGUCUUCCGCUAUUGUAUUUUACAUGGCUAGUAUAUUCUUUAUUGUUAGCAAUUCGUGUGGGUUUAAUAUUCAAAAACUUUGCUUGGAAGUUGAAAGAGGAAAACUUCUUUGGGCCUAACACCCUUAAAGUAACCAUAUCACUUUCUGCUGUGGUAUUUUUUUUGCUACUUCAAUCUCAUCAUGAUGCACCACUAAAUAGCAGACGUGAACACCAGAUAGAAAAACUGACUAAAACUGUUAUCUUUGAUAUCUUAGAUUCAGUGGACAUAUUAGAUGCAUUAUUUAGCAAAAGCACUAAAGAUGUUUUAUUGCCUGGUUUAGAAGUUUGUAUCAUUAUCAUAGCAUGCCUUAAUCUCAUCCUACCAACACUGCCUUUAAUGACUUUAAGCAGAAUUCAUUUCGGUUACAAAAUCACACCAAGAAAUAUAGAGACAUUACAUAGACUAUUGCUGCUUUUUGUAGUAAAUGCUCCCUUAUUGUCCAUCAGAAUUAUAUUGUGGCAUAAACUGGAUCAAGAUAUAUCCACGUUUAUAGUCAAGAAUAUAUUUGUCAUCUGUGUCAUGUUAUAUGAGUUUUAUAAAGAAGACCAACAUCGUCGGGAAGCUAUCCAAAAUGGAGGUAACAACUCAACUCAUGUGGGAAUGGAAUAUCCGCAAGAAGGAGAAGAAAUGUCAAGUUUAAAUAGAUAG